UUUUUUAUUUUUUUUUAAGAUGUGAACCAUAAAAAACCCGGUGUCAUUUGUGAAUAUAUAUCCCAGAAAGAAAAACCUCAGUUCCUAAGCUAAAACCCUCACAUCAGCCACUCGCACACAAACGAGACAGAGAGUGAAAGAUGUUUCAAAGCAGAAUGUUUGCAUCAAUCUUGAAGAGAAACAGAGGAGGAGGAGGAUGAUCUAUCAUCAACAACUCAAUUACUAAUCUCAAAGGAACAAAAACAACACCUUUCAAUCACUCGAGGGACAUUCAUCAACAACAAAACCCAUCAUCAAGAUCCUUCCUUUAUGGCUUUAAAUCACUCCCCAGGGGUUAUAACUAUCAGUCUGUGCCAUCAUCAAUGAUGAAGAUGUCAACUGUAGCUGCUUCUGUUGGGAGUAAAAGUAAAGAGGGUCUUAGGUUGCGUGUGCAGGGAGGACCUAAAGCUCGUAAAUUGGUGGGUAUAUGGCUAUUUGGCUCUGCUGCUUGAGUUUUUAGUAUGGUGAUUCCUGGUGGUGCUACAAGGUUAACAAGGUCUGGUCUUUCAAUGACUGAUUGGAAUUUACUGGCGGCCUUCCUCCUUUAUCAGAUGAAGACUGGUUGAUUGAGUUUGAGAAGUAUAAGCAGCCACCUGAGUAUGAAAUGGAUGAGUGUUGAUGAUUUCAAGUUUAUUUAUUGGAUGGGAUAUGCGCACCGCAUGCGGGAAAGGGGAUUGGGGAUCAUGUUGGCAUUGCCAUUUUCGUAUUUUCUGAGAAAAUGGUAUAUAACAGUGAGACUUGGAGCUAAACUUUGCGGUUCUUUUGCCCUUGGUGCUGGGCAAGGUUUAAUUGUUUGGUGGAUGGUUAAGAGUGGUUUAGAGGAGCCAGCAUCUGAAUAUGCUCAGCCAAGAGUAAGCCCUUAACGUUUUGCAGCUCACCUUACUUUGGCAUUUGUUAUCUAUAGUGGACUUUUCUGGACUGCUCUUUCUGUUGUAAUGCCUGAACCUCCUACUGAAUCUUUAGCUUGGGUUCGUGGGGCGGCAAAAGUCAAGAAGCUUGCCCUUCCUGUAAGCCUUAUUGUUGGGAUUACUGCCAUCUCAGGAGCAUUUGUUGCCGGAAAUGAUGCUGGGGGUGCAUUUAACACUUUUCCAAAGAUGGGUGAUACAUGGAUUCCGGAUGAUAUAUUUGAUCUGAAGCCAGUAAUUCACAACUUUUUUGAAAAUACAUCGGCAGUGCAGGAUCCACCAUAUGAGGGCAAAAUUGGGACUGCAUUCUUUGUUUGAAAUUCUUGUAUCAAGGAAGCAAUGCCAUCAUUUUGUUUUGAUUGAGAUUGAAAUUUGAGUGGUUAACUAAUCUGCCUUGUUCAAUUAAUUUAUGCGCUUCUAUUCUGGAGAGCUCUGCCUCCACCUCUGGGUUCCCUCUCAGGUAUCGUUACUGUAUGCUGCUCUUAACAUUACGAGACAUGCCUGUUUAUAGACUGAGAGAGUUCAGCACAUGAGUUUUCUGUAUUCACCGACUGAAAAUCCUGUCUUGGUUAACAUUAUUUCUCACAA